AUGGCCCAUGAACUGCAUUCCGUGGAGCCGAUGACCCAAAAAACCAAUGAAUUCGUUCAAACCACCUCAGACAAUCUGGGGGAUGACCUAGAUCGCGGGGAUGAGUGGGCCGCUCUCGAGAAGCGGGUACGAUGGAAAGUCGAUCUCCGACUGUGUAGCAUCGGCGGGCUCUUAUGCAGCCUGAAUCUGCUGGACUCGGGCAUCUUGUCCUCUGCCUCGGUGACGACCAUGCUCAAUGAUCUCCAAUUGAACCAGGGGAACCGGUACUCCGUCUCCAUCUUCAUUUUCACGAUUGCCAGUGUGGUUUUCCAACUGCCGUGUACGGUGGCAGUUCGACUGAUUGGUCCGCGCAUUUGGUUUUCGAUGAUUACAUUCAUUUUUGGACUGCUGACAUUGUGCACUGCGUUCGUUCACACAUGGAAGCAGAUGAUUAUCCUGCGCGUACUGCUUGGUAUUUCCAUGUCCGGGAUCUACCCUGGUCUGACAUACCUGGUGAGCGCCUGGUACCCGCGACGUGAGCAGCAGCUCCGGUUUGCAUUUUUGCAGUCUGGAGAAGUUGUUAUUUUGGCGACGGGCAAUCUUGUCAAUUAUGGUCUCAAUCAUUUGAACGGCAAGGCUGGUCUGGCGGGUUGGCGCUGGAUGUUUGUUGUCCAGGGUCUUAUUACUUGUGUCCUGGGUAUCGCCACCUACUGGUGGAUGGUCGAUUUCCCUGAGAACUCCCAGCGCAGCUUUUUCUUCCUCUCAGACCGAGAAGCUCGGGUCGCAACUCGCCGAAUCCAAGAUGAUCGAGCCGACGUUAUCCCCGAGCCGUUCUCGUGGGGCACGCUUCUUGCUAACUUCAAAGAUCCAAAGAUAUAUGGCUUUGCGUGCAUGUUCUUUCUGCUCAACCUCAUAUCGACUGCUCUCUCGUACUUCCUCCCGAUCAUCCUACAGUCUGGGAUGGGUUUCAGCUCGAACAAAUCUAUCCUACUCUCCACACCUCCCUAUUACUAUGCCGUCAUCCCAGUCCUGCUCACAUCACUUAUUGGAGAUUUUUACCGCGUUCGUGGACCUCUGAUCAUAUUCAACGCCCUCGUCCUCAUAGCCGGGUUCCUGAUGUUCGGUCUUCCUGUGUCUACCCAGGUCGCAGUGCGUUAUAUUGGGACCUUCCUGGCGACAGGUGCUUAUAUCUCGAAUUGGGCGGCCCUCAACGCUUUCCAAGCCAACAAUAUCGUCGGGCAGUGGAAGCGAGUCGCCACUGCCGCUGCUGUGACUGCUUGUAACGGGCUCGGCGGCGUGGCGGGUAGCUUCAUUGUCCGGCAACAGGAGGCUCCGCACUAUCAGACUGCAGUCUGGGUGUCAAUUGGUUCACACAUACUUCUCAUUGCGAUAGUGGGCGUGUUCACGAUUUACUUCUAUAUGGCCAAUCAACGACAACAGCGGGGUUUCAAAAUGCUUGAGGGCGUGUCCGGCUUCAGAUACACUUAUUGA